CCUCCGCACAAGGGCAAAACAAGCCACAAUCCCAUUGUACAGCAAAAAACAGCUCAGGCUGGUGGAGUUGGCCGCGCAGGAGAAUGGGAGUUUUUGCUUCUAACUAGGGUUGGUAAGAAGCUCCGGUCCUUCCCCUUUAAAUGUGUUGCUGUAAGUUGGGGUGGGAUGGGGGUUAGUUAGGAGUGGUGCAUCCAGGUGGCUGUCCCCAUUAGUCGGACGGUGUGACCCGGGUGACACAGAAUGACAACACCUGACUGAUCUCUAGCCAUAGAGACAAAGGUCCCCCUUUGAAGUUGCUAGGUGCCAACGUUUGCAAGCUGCUAACAGGGACAGUUAGUUAAUGGGCAUUCCUUUGCCUCCCCCUAUUGAAAUGCAUCGGGCUCAGCGCGAUAUACACGUGAGCCACAAGUAUCCGCUGACUCCAACGGUUCACUGGCUGAACUUUUUGAAGGGGGGGGGGGGGAAACCGGGCCAGGGGGAUGACACACAGGAAUCUCGUUCUAGCGAGAGAGAGUCGCCAGAGCUAGCUAGGCAGUGUGCAGGCUUUGUAACGGAAGAAGGCCACAGAAAAGCUAGGGCUGGAACACACACGUCUUGCAUCCUUUUCAAAGCGGCCAACUUCUCCGCUUUGUCACAAUUCAAAGCCCCGUGGAAAUGGAAGCCGCAUGCAGGAGAAAAGGGACAGGCUGCGCCGUUCAAGCCAGCACGCGGCAUGCUUUUCUUUCCGUGGGCAGCGGGGCGGGAGAAUACCUGCCCCCCCCCCCCCCCCCCCCAGUCCCGCGGGGCCGGCUGAAGGUGAUCCCAGCCCCUUAUUGUACUGUAUGGCCAUGCACAGCCCUGGAAUGCCGCCGCGUCCCUGCCCCCGCGGCAGAGCGCUCGGCUCCCUGCCGGCCGGCCGGCUCCUUCCCCGGCUCGCUCGAACGUCAAAGAAGCCAGGCAGGGCGGGGCAGCGCCACGGGCCGGGCGCCAGCUGUACGAGUCCGAGCCGCUCUGGGCGCCUGGACGCCAGACUCCCUCUUCCGCAUUGUUGUUCUUCGUUGGCUCCUCCCUCUCCCCCCGCCUCGGCGAGGUCUCUACAUAAGCCCGCUCGGCGAGCUGGGCGGCAGCACUGCCUUGAUCACCGGCUGCACAGAGAGCGGCCCACGCUUCCCUGGACUAACUCAUUCAUCAGCUUGGCUUGUUCUUCACCGGCCCACAUCUUAGCUCCGCAAUGACGGUCAGAGCCGAAGCCUCUGGACCCACGUUAACGUAUUCAAAGAUGAGGGGAGUUGUUGCAAUACUCAUCGCUUUCAUGAAACAGAGACGAAUGGGGCUAAAUGACUUCAUUCAAAAAAUAGCCACCAGCUCGUACCCGUGCAAGCACCCUGAAGUUCAGUCUAUUUUGAAGAUCUCCCAGCCUGAAGAGCCUGAACUUAUGAAUGCUAAUCCUUCCCCUCCACCCAGCCCAUCACAGCAGAUCAAUCUUGGUCCAUCAUCCAACCCACAUGCCAAGCCAUCAGACUUUCAUUUCUUAAAAGUUAUCGGAAAAGGAAGUUUUGGAAAGGUUCUCCUUGCAAGGCAUAAGGCGGAAGAAGAAUUCUAUGCUGUUAAAGUACUGCAGAAGAAAGCAAUCCUGAAAAAGAAGGAGGAGAAACACAUAAUGUCAGAGCGCAAUGUCCUGCUGAAAAAUGUGAAACACCCUUUCCUGGUUGGGCUCCACUUUUCUUUCCAGACUGCAGACAAAUUGUACUUUGUCCUUGACUACAUCAAUGGUGGAGAGUUAUUCUACCAUCUCCAGAGGGAACGUUGCUUCCUGGAGCCAAGAGCACGGUUUUAUGCUGCUGAAAUAGCCAGUGCACUGGGUUACUUGCACUCUCUGAACAUAGUUUAUCGGGACUUGAAGCCAGAGAACAUCUUGCUAGAUUCUCAGGGGCAUAUUAUCUUGACUGACUUUGGACUCUGCAAAGAGAACAUAGAACACAAUGGCACUACCUCCACAUUUUGUGGCACACCUGAGUACCUUGCUCCUGAAGUUCUUCAUAAGCAGCCCUACGACAGGACUGUUGACUGGUGGUGCCUUGGAGCAGUUUUGUAUGAGAUGCUUUAUGGAUUGCCCCCCUUCUACAGCAGGAACACAGCAGAAAUGUAUGACAAUAUCUUGAACAAACCCCUGCAAUUGAAACCAAAUAUUACCAAUUCUGCUAGACACCUUCUGGAAGGCCUGUUACAAAAGGAUAGGACAAAGAGAGUUGGUGCUAAGGAGGACUUCAUGGAGAUUAAGAAUCACAUCUUCUUCUCCCCAAUUAACUGGGAUGAUCUCAUUAAUAAGAAGAUUACACCUCCUUUUAACCCAAAUGUGAGUGGUCCGAGUGAUCUGCGACACUUUGACCCCGAGUUUACUGAUGAGCCAGUCCCCAACUCCAUUGGCCAAUCUUCCGACAGUAUCCUCAUUACUGCUAGUGUCCAGGAAGCUGCUGAAGCCUUUCUGGGCUUUUCGUAUGCCCCACCCAUGGAUUCUUUCCUGUGAACAUUUGUUUUCCUUUCUUCUUGGUUUUUAAUUAUUAUAUUGGCCUUCUGGCUGAGUUGCCAGUUGACCAGUCAUCUUGAAACAGAAUUUGCACAUCUCCACUAUGGCAGCUUUGCAGCCUUAAUUUCAACUACACUGCUGGAAGCAUUUUAUUUUUUUUUUAAACAGCACAUAACUCCUCUAAACAAGCUUACAAGCAUUUUGAUUCGUUCUUCCCCCAAAGUGGUGCUAUCUCCUUGGGAAAGAACAUAAGAAGUGACUGUUGCCAUAGCCUGCUAUGGUAGAUUGUAGGAAUAAUAACCUGCUGUUUGGAAAUAAUGUUCUGAAAAGCCUUGCCUGAAGACCUGGAUGUGACGAGGAUUUUAUGAAACGUGCCUUUUUUUCUGAUGAGAUCGAGUUAAGCUCCAAACUUUUCCUGUUGUAGAGUGUUUCUCAGUUCAGUUAUGUGGGUUUACUAUGUGAACAAAUGGUAUGAGUGUGAUAUGCAUACUACAGAGGGACUUGGUUUAAAGCACCAAUGUGACACUUGCAGGACACUACAAUGUGGGGCAUUGUUUGUUUCUUCCAUAUUUGGAAGAUAAAUUAAGUGUAGAAAUUGAUUUUUGUUUUGUAAAUAUACAGUUAACUAAAAUUAUUGAAAUGGGCUCACAAUUAAUUAUAUCCAAAUGCUUGAAGAAAGCAUUGCUGCUAUGAAAAGUUUCUAUUUUUAGAAAGGUUUUUAUGGGCCAAAAUGCCCCAGCUGCAGUUGGUCAAAGCUGUUGGUUUAUUUCUUGUUUGUUUUUUUUAAAGUUGUCAUCUGUAAAGUGGGCAUUAUAGGGGGGGAAGGGGAGGGGAAGGUUUGCAUUGUAUGUAUUGUAAAAAAAAAUAAAAAAAGUCUGUACAUUCAGUUGUAACUCUAGAUGUAUAUUUAAACUUACAGCCUGGCUUGUAAUGUACACCAUCACUGUAAUGUAAUUAACAUAGUUAUGUACUUUUUUUUUUUUUUGGUGACCAAACCCAUUGGUUUGCAGUAAAAUCUUGAGAAAAUUUC